AUGAAGAGAAAUAGGUACAAUGAUCCCACUCAUCCUACCACGCCGUCCUACAGCUCUGUCAAACCAUGCUUCUUUUUCUUUCGAGAUAAUAGUUGCAAAUUUGGGGCGCGAUGCAAGUUCUCACAUGACGCUGGAAGCGCACUCGGUAGCCAUUCUGCGGACAAUGGGCAAGCCAAUACUUCGAUGAAGCCUUUUGGAAACAGACGAAACUACGCCCCAGAGGGAAAACUAGUCAAAUGGAAGCAGUUGCUGCAAAACGGCGGAGAUGCCUUUGCCCGACCAUCUCUUAAGAUAGUCGGUCAAUUCUUCAGCCUUGCCCUCGAGCUCAUGGAUGGAGACGUCGGCGCGGCCCAAGAGGCAAUCAAGCUUCUUGCCACUGAAACUGGCCUUUCUUUCAUCAAGGAUGUGAUAGACAGGCACAUCUCCAUGGCGAGUCAAUUAACACCGGGAUGUCAACUCUGGGAGACAGAAAUCAAGCCACUCUUUCAGCUGGUGACUCAUGCUCGCGUCGUUGACUCUGCGGUUUUAGAACAGGAGGUCGCCAUCAUUCUUAAUUAUAUGGUUGGAGUGGGAGGGUCUAGGAUGAGCAAGCUCUUCCACUACAUCGACUCGCUCUUUCAAUUGUGGGAAUACAACUCAACACACCUGUCCCUUCUAGAGGCAGCUGGUCUGUCUCUUGCAGUAUUAGCCAAGAUGCUAGAUUGCAACACCACGAAUAUCAUCAAAGAUGAUUUCUCAACAUUCGCGAGUUGCUUAUCUCGCCCCUUGGAAGAAUCAGCGGAACCAGAAGAGAUGGUUUUUCGCUUUCAGGCUACCAAACAUCUUCACUAUAUCCGCCAACGUCUUCAAAUCGGAAACCACAUAUCAAAUCUGGAAGUUCAGAGCUACAGUGCCAUCACUCAAGAAAUGUUUGUUUUGGCCCGAGACUUGCCUGGCAACCUCUCACCCGGAGGGCCAAGGCACGACAACGAUCACGCAGACAUAGCCGACAUAAAGAUUUUGCCCACGUACGAGGAGAUUAUGUCGCCGCGAGAGGAAUAUUUGCCAGUAAACGACUGUUCUCAAUGGCAUAUUCCAGGCAUUAGCGGACGGCUGGACAGAGAAUUUCGCUUGAUACGAGAAGAUACAGUGGGCCAGCUACGUGAUGCGAUUCGUGGCGCUCUGGAACGUAUUCGCAGUUCUAACAAUAAAGCCAGCCAUAGAACAAGCAAUAAUAUCUUACGCACAUACACAUACGAUUCCGCUAUGCUGAUCAACAUUCGGUUCGAGAAAAACACCGGCCUGGACUUUGUUGUCCGCUGUGACCAGCCUCCGCCUGUUCCAUCACUGAAUCCUCAGCAGAGGAAGGACUGGUGGGAAAGAUCAAAACGACUUCAGGUCGGGGCGUUAGUUUGUAUCAUUGACGGAACCGAAUCGGUCAUGUUUUGUACGGUGUCUGAAUCGACCUUGAGGAAUCAAACCGAACAAAAAACUCGAACGGAGAAGAAGCCAGAACAAAAUACAUCUACAGCGUCUAAACUGACACUUUCUGAUGACGGAAACUAUUUGCAUGUCAACCUACAGCUUAUUGACGCCACACGAGAUGAUGUCGCUCAAGCUCUUCGAUGGUACAAGACCAAAGGCCCGUCGCGCUACAGAUAUCUCGUGGAAUUUCCCGGUAUUCUCUUGGCAUCGUUCAAGCAUACACUUGAUGCUCUUAAGGAAAUGCGACAGAAGCCACAUAUGCCCUUUGUCGACCUCUUGGCGCCGCCGGAUACUCGGACUACAGAGCCCAGUAUUGAGCCCCCGCAAUAUGCCAGGGCAGCCGGUUUCGCAUUCGACCUGAGGUGCCUCACGAAUGAUGGCGCUGAGCUUCUUGUUUCGCCUCAGCGGCUCCCAAAUCCAGAGAUAAUUGAGUCACUGACUUCUCUCGAUAUUACACAAUCUUCCGCUCUCUUGAAUACUCUAUCUCAAGAAUUGUCGCUCAUUCAAGGCCCUCCAGGUACCGGUAAAAGCUAUACGGGUGGAAUGAUUAUCAAGGGCCUGUUAGCAAACAAAGAUAAAUGCACCCUUGGGCCAAUAUUAUGCGUCUGCUACACCAAUCAUGCCUUGGAUCAGCUUCUUGAACAUCUUCUUGACGACGGCAUUUGCAACAUCAUUCGUAUAGGGUCUCGAUCAAAAUCAGAUAGGUUGCAAGCUUUAAACUUACGAGUUGUAUCUCAGCAAGGCGACCGCACAAAAGCAGAAAAGACAAACCUUUACAAUAUGGGCCAGGAGCUUGACGUUUUAGCUGCCGGCAUCGAAGAUUCGCUCCGUGCACUAUCGACGCCCAACUCGGCAAGUUCUCUCAAGAAAUAUCUUGCCAACGUCUUUCCUGUACAUUAUACUAUGCUGUUUGAUGUCGACGAGGACGGAUGGGAGACAGUUGAUAAACCUCAAACUAUCAUGCGAAGGUGGCUGGAAGGGGGCUCCCGCGACAAUGAUUAUUGUCGAGAUAUCGCGAUCUUGAGGGAAACAGAGUUGUUUAACAUGUCUAAUGCCGAGCGCCAAGAGUUAUAUCUGUACUGGGUAAAGAACAGUGUAGCUUCAAUUGUUCGAAUCAUCACGCAGCUGCAGGAAAAACAUACGGAACUGAUAGAGCGCCGCAGCCGCGUACGCAGCGAUGUGGAUCUCCGUUGCCUUAAUCAAGCCAAUAUCAUCGGAGUCACAACGACCGGGUUGGCAAAGAAUCUUCAUCUUCUCCGAAAAUUGCGAAGCAAGGUCAUGCUUUGCGAAGAGGCUGGUGAAGUCUUGGAGGCUCACAUUCUAACGGCCCUGCUCCCUUCAAUUGAGCACGCCAUCUUGAUUGGCGAUCACCUUCAGCUUCGCCCACAGAUCCAGAAUUAUGAACUACAGAGCACGAAUCCCCGAGGGAAGCAGUAUUCUCUAGACACUUCUUUAUUUGAAAGACUUGUUGAGCCGCCACAUUUGAAAGACUUACGCCUGCCAUUCUCAACGCUGGAAACACAAAGACGGAUGCACCCAUCGAUAUCUGAGCUGGUACGAUCCACAUUGUAUCCGUCUCUACAAGACGGUGACAUUGUAAAGAAUUACCCAGCAGUUGUGGGUAUGAAAGAGAGGCUAUUUUGGCUUCACCACGAUCAGCUGGAAGCUGGCGCGGCUAGUCAUGACCCCCUGAAUACCUCGCAUUCAAAUGAUUUUGAAGUUGAAAUGACUGUGUCUCUCCUGUCUCAUAUCGUAAGACAAGGGGAAUAUACCAGGGAGGAUAUUGCGGUCAUUACCCCGUACUUGGGACAACUACACAAGCUCCGACGCCGAAUGGAGGCCAUGUUUGAGAUCUGCCUCAACGAUCGCGACCUCGCAGAGCUGGAGGAUUUUGAAGAUAGAGAUAAGACUACGCCUAUAGCCCUGGUAAAGCAGCCUGCCAAAUCUACUCUUCUGAAGAGCGUUAGGAUGGCAACAGUAGACAACUUUCAGGGCGAGGAAGCAAAGAUUAUCAUCAUCUCUCUCGUUCGAAGUAAUCAGCAAAAGAAGUGCGGCUUUCUCAGCACUUCCAACAGAAUCAACGUCCUGUUAUCGCGCGCAAAACACGGCAUGUACAUUAUCGGCAACUCUGACACGUACCAUAACGUUCCCAUGUGGGAAGAGGUUAUCAACAUGCUCAGUGCCAAAAGUCUACUGGGCGAGAGCUUGGAACUUCAAUGCAGUCGACAUCCUGACUCGCCGAUCAAGGUCUCGCAACCGGACCAUUUUGUCAUCUUCUCUCCAGAGAGCGGAUGCAACUUGUCAUGUGAUAAGAGACUUCACUGCGGUCACUCGUGUACUGGAAGAUGUCAUUCUGAUCUUCUUCACAAUACCGUUAAAUGCCUUGAGCCGUGCCCCAGGCCACAAACAGGCUGCAGCCACCCUUGCCCUCGAGCAUGUGGCGAUGCGUGCCCAGACAGAUGCUACUUCCAGUUAGAUGAUAUCGACCUUGCUCUUCCAUGUGGCCACAGACUCUCUUCGGCAAAGUGUUGGGAAACCCAAAACCCCGCCUCUGUUCGGUGUAGAGUUCUCGUCAGACGAACUGUGCCGGGCUGCAGUCAUGAAGUCGACGUUCAGUGUCAUGUAGAUGUCACAUCUGCCAAAUAUCGCUGUACUUCUCGAUGUGGUCAUCACCGUGAGUGUGGCCAUACAUGCAAUAGCUUCUGCUACAAAUGCAAUACUCGAGAUGAUGGUAAAAUUACGGAGCAGAACCACGGUAUUUGCGAACAGAUCUGCGGUCGUGGCUAUUCGAUGUGCCGCCAUAGCUGUUCCAAGCCUUGCCACGGCGACGACAAGUGCCCCCCCUGCCAGCAGCCAUGCGAAGUGCGUUGCGGCCAUUCAAAAUGCAACAAGGCGUGCAAUGAGCCCUGUGCACCUUGCGCAGAGAGUACAUGCCACUCGAGCUGUAAUCACACAAGCUGCAGCAUGCCGUGCGCCGCGCCAUGCGACUGGGUUCCAUGUUCCAAGCGGUGCGAGAAGGUACUGAGAUGCGGCCAUCAAUGCCCUUCUCUCUGUGGAGAGACUUGCCCCAAUGAACGCUUUUGCCAACAAUGCGCCACCGAAGAUAUCAAAACUUUAUGCGUUGACUUUCUCGAGAUGAAGGAAUACCACGAAAUUGACUUGGACCAAGAGCCCUGUAUUUUCCCCGACUGUGGGCACUUUUUGACCACUACGUCUAUGGACGGCCAGAUGGAGAUGGCAGCGUGGUACGAUAUGGAUAUGGAUGGUCAUCCAAUACAGCUUGGAAGGGCGUCUGAACCUUUCUCACUGGACGACUCGAGCUCUCCAGUUUGCGCCACCUGCCGCGGCUCACUCCGAAACAUUGCCAAAUACGGGCGAAUUGUAAGACGGGCCAUGCUCGAUGAGUCAACCAAGAAAUUCAUCGAGUGGUCUCACGGGCAAUAUCUCUCGUUGGCAACUCAUCUGCUGAAAGAGCAAGAAAAGCUUGGGCAAGAGCAGAGGACCAUGGCAGCCUCAUCAACGGCCAAAGACGGCAAACUAACGCAUUAUGCCUCAAGACUUAGACAACUUCGAGCGUUGGAAAGGAUUGCGGACAAUGGCCGGUACAGCUCUAUCAUUAACUUGUGGAGGAAGAUUGGCUCAUAUGCAAGUGAUGUUAAAAGGGAAGAACAGCCGUUUCAGCGAGUAGCUGAUUUUGUUCUACUUGCCAAUCGUCAUAAUAAGACACGUGGAGAAUUUCGAUUUGAUGACUCUAUCAACCAGAUCAAGGGCUCUCUUCUUGCAGAUACGCUUCUGCUCAAAUGCGACCUUGCCAUUCUCUUCGACUUCCAGCGCCUGGCUAAAGAUGAAGCAUUGGAGCUGGCAAAGUUCAAACUGGAUCUAUCAAGUCACUGGUCUGAUUCUAUGCGUCUCAUUGAAUUGUCUCAUAAAUAUGUGUAUGCGAGAGAAGAAGUUCAGGGGCACAUUUUCGCCGUGCAGCUCUGUGUACUAUGCUCAUUCUUUGAUAAGAUUACUACCAUGUGGCCUGCUGAUAAGCAGAGCAUUGAGAACCUGAAAGAAGAGGCGCUAUACCACAUCCAAAAAGCCCGUGUAUUGGUGGAGGAAUAUCCAUCUGCAGCAAUGUUCGACGAUGAAAUUGACCGUCUUGAGAUCCUGGUUAGCGAUGGAAUCUAUCACCCUGUCACGGCUGAGGAGAUGCGAGCCGUGUACAAGGCAAUGUCGAGGGAGUUAUUGGGUACAGGGCACUGGUUUACGUGUGAGAAUAACCAUCCCUUUACGAUUGGAGAAUGUGGCGCAGCUAUGGAAGAAUCUUCCUGUCCCGAUUGUGGUGCCAAGAUAGGAGGAAGUAACCACGAGGCCGUAGAAGGGGUGAGAUACGCAGCAGAGAUUGAGACUCUUGCACGAGGAAUGGGUGGAUUGGGAAUCUAG